UGGACCAUGUGAACGCUAGAACUCAGUGCAUUUAGAAUGGCACAGAACGUCUCGCUCGGAGGGGUUUUCAGAUCCGCGUUUGCCUCUUGCCUUGCCCCCUCACGUCAUGUGAACGGAGAUUGCACGCUCAUAGCAUGAGCGCCUGAAUGAAAAGCGGCACUGUGCGCUCCAGCCAGGAGUAUUCAUACGUGGGCAGGCUAGAGGGCUUUUUUACGACAUGUGACCGUACCGAGUCGCUUUAUGAGAAAUUUAUUGCGGCUCCACAAACACCUGAUAGGAAUACUAAGACACAGUUGUCACAAGAACAUAGGCGGAUAAAAAAGUAAACGAAAGAUGGACGUCAAGGACCAGGGGGCUCAAAUGGAACCGCUUCUGCCAACGGUACUAACCCCUGGUGGAACCAGAGCUGUGAGGAACGAUGAGGAGGCCGUGGUGGACCGGGGUGGGACACGGUCCAUGCUGAAGACCAACUUUGAGAAGGAGGAGCUGGAAGGUCACCGGACUCUCUACAUUGGUGUGCACGUCCCUCUCGGGAGGAAGCCGCACCGGAGGCACCGGCAUCACGGCCACCGGCACCGGAAGAGGGACAGGGAGCGGGACGCGGGCGUGGACGACGGCAGAGAAUCGCCCAGCUACAACACCCCAUCACAGAGGGUCCAGUUCCUGCUGGGUACAGAGGACGAUGACGAGGAGCACAUCCCCCACGACCUGUUCACCGAGCUGGACGAGAUCUGCCUGCGUGAGGGCGAGGAUGCCGAGUGGAGGGAGACCGCCAGGUGGCUGAAGUUUGAGGAGGACGUGGAGGACGGGGGCGAGCGCUGGAGCAAGCCCUACGUGGCCACGCUGUCCCUGCACAGCCUGUUCGAGCUGCGCAGCUGUAUCCUUAACGGCACUGUGCUGCUGGACAUGAGGGCCAACUCGCUGGAGGAGAUCGCAGACAUGAUCCUGGACCAGCACGAGUCGUCGGGUCAGCUGGGUGAGGAGGUGAGGAAAAAGGUCCGGGACGCCCUCCUGAAGCAGCACCACCACCAGAACCAGAAGAAGCUGGCCAACCGGAUCCCCAUCGUCCGCUCCUUCGCCGACAUUGGCAAGAAGCAGUCCGAGCCCCACUCCAUGGACAAAAACGGCCAGAUGAUCCCGCCCCAGUCCCAGCCCUGCGGCACCGAGGGGAGGGGGGACGUGAGCAGGGAGAACAGCACCGUGGACUUCAGCAAGAUUGACCUUCACUUCAUGAAGAAGAUUCCCCCAGGCGCUGAGGCCUCUAACAUCCUAGUGGGUGAGCUGGAGUUUCUGGACAGGCCUGUGGUGGCUUUCGUGCGCCUCUCCCCUGCCGUCCUGCUCAACGGCCUGGCGGAAGUGCCCAUCACCACCAGGUUCCUGUUCAUCCUGCUGGGGCCGUUGGGGAAGGGGCCGCAGUAUCAUGAGAUCGGCCGGUCGAUCGCCACCCUGAUGACAGACGAGGUAUUCCAUGAUGUUGCCUACAAAGCCAAGGACCGCAACGAUCUGGUGGCGGGCAUCGAUGAAUUCCUGGACCAGGUGACAGUCCUGCCGCCGGGUGAAUGGGACCCGUCCAUCAGAAUAGAGCCGCCAAAAAACGUCCCCUCUCAGGAGAAACGGAAGAUUCCUGCGGUGCCUAACGGCACAACGGAACACGGCGAGCUUGGCGGCCACGGCGGCCCUGAGCUGCAGCGUACCGGGAGGCUGUUCGGGGGGCUGGUUAUGGACCUGAAACGCAAGAUUCCGCACUACCUAUCGGACUACACCGACGCCAUCAGCCUGCAGUGCUUGGCCUCCUUCCUCUUCCUGUACUGCGCCUGCAUGUCACCCGUCAUCACCUUCGGGGGUCUGCUCGGGGAGGCCACGGAGGGACGCAUCAGCGCCAUAGAGUCGCUGUUCGGAGCCUCCAUGACCGGAAUAGCCUACUCCCUUUUUGCUGGGCAGCCUCUCACUAUACUGGGCAGCACGGGGCCGGUGUUGGUGUUCGAGAAGAUCUUGUUCAAAUUCUGCAAGGACUACAGCCUGUCCUACCUCUCAUUAAGAGCCUGCAUAGGGCUCUGGACGGCGUUUCUCUGUCUGCUGCUGGUUGCCACGGACGCCAGCUCGCUCGUCUGUUACAUCACACGCUUCACGGAGGAGGCAUUCGCCGCCCUCAUCUGCAUCAUCUUCAUCUACGAGGCCCUGGAGAAGCUGGUGCACCUGGGCGAAACCUACCCCAUCAACAUGAACAAUAACCUGGACCGGCUCACCUUGUACAGGUGUGUUUGUGUGGAGCCCCCAGAUCCUAGCAACGCCACCCUGAGGUACUGGGAGGAGAACAACAUCACCGCCUCUGAGAUCUACUGGGAAGCCCUGGAGGUCAAGGACUGCAUCGAAAAGCGCGGGGAGUUUGUGGGCAGCGCCUGUGGGCCCCACGGCCCCUACAUCCCCGAUGUCCUCUUCUGGUCCGUCGUGCUCUUCUUCUCCACCGUCGCCAUGUCCGCUUUCCUCAAGGAGUUCAAGACCAGCCGCUACUUUCCCACCAAGGUGAGAGCCAUCAUCAGUGACUUUGCUGUCUUCAUCACCAUACUCACCAUGGUCUUCGUCGACUACGCCAUAGGAGUCCCCUCUCCAAAGCUGCAGGUCCCCAAUAAGUUCAAGCCAACUAGAGACGACCGCGGUUGGCUGAUUAACCCCUUGGGUCCCAACCCUUGGUGGACCACAAUUGUGACGGUCAUCCCUGCCCUGCUCUGCACCAUCCUCAUCUUCAUGGACCAGCAGAUCACUGCGGUCAUCAUCAACAGGAAGGAGCACAAGCUCAAGAAAGGCUGUGGGUACCACCUGGACCUGUUUGUGGUGGGGGUGAUGCUGGGCGUGUGCUCGGUGAUGGGGCUGCCCUGGUUCGUGGCCGCCACCGUGCUCUCCAUCUCCCACGUCAACAGCCUGAAGCUGGAGUCAGAGUGCUCGGCCCCCGGGGAGCAGCCCAAGUUCCUGGGCAUCCGGGAGCAGAGGUUCACCGGCCUGAUGAUCUUCCUUCUCAUGGGCUGCUCCGUCUUCAUGACCUCCGUGCUCAAGUUCAUCCCCAUGCCUGUGCUGUAUGGAGUUUUCCUUUACAUGGGAGCGUCUUCGCUGCGGGGGAUACAGUUCUUCGACCGCCUGAGGCUGUUUGGCAUGCCGGCCAAGCACCAGCCCGACUUCAUCUACCUGCGCCACGUCCCGCUGAGGAAGGUCCACCUCUUCACCACCAUCCAGCUCAGCUGCCUGGUCCUGCUGUGGGUCAUCAAGACCUCCAGGGCAGCCAUCGUCUUCCCCAUGAUGGUGUUGGCCCUGGUGUUCAUUCGGAAGCUGCUGGAUUUCCUCUUCACCAAGAGGGAACUGAGCUGGCUGGACGAUCUGAUGCCCGAGAGCAAGAAGAAGAAGCUGGAGGAUGCUCAGCGGGAGGAAGAGCAAAGCAUUUUGGCCGAGGAGGAGGGGAUUGUACAAGUGCCGUUGGAAGGACAUUACAAGGAUGACCCCUCCACAGUGAACAUAUCUGAUGAGAUGUCCAAAACCUCUUUUGGAAAUGUCUGGAAGACCCUUGGCUCAGAAAACUCCCAAAAGGAUCCAAGUUCAAAAAGCUCCCUUUCCUAACCUCUUAGAAGCUGAUUUCCCAAAGCCUUUCCAAUAGCGGUGUGAGAAGACAAGAGAGGAGGGUGACCAAGGAGAAGAGCUUCGACAGAGAGACGUGUCUGUGACGUUUCCUCCGGCGCUGUGCUCACAGACACAGGAGCUUGGUGUGUCGUAAGAGCAGUGGGUAGAACACUGCUGUACCUGUCGUC